AUGGCAAACCCAACAAGCUCAGUUAAAGUAGUUGAAGUUUGCAAGGUGGCUCUUCCUCCUCCACCCUCACCUAGGUCAUUCGCAUCCCCAAGUUCCUUUCCUCUUACCGUCUUCGACAUCCGUUGGUUAAGGUUUGCGCCGGUCAAGUGCCUUUAUUUCUACGAAAUGCCUACUUCCUCUGCAACACAACUCUUCUUUGAUACUGUACUGGCCCCAAAACUCAAAACCUCACUCUUUAACACCCUCCAACACUAUCUACCUCUAGCAGGACACCUGACUUGGCCUCAAACUCCCAAAAACCCGUUCUUAGCUAUGUCCAAGGCGACACCUUUUCGCUCACAAUAG